GGCUUUUAAGCCCGACGAGAGUGAAUAGUUUGUUCAAAGCCCACCAAACGUGGACAAAAAUGAAAAGAAAAUAAAAACACCAAAACCCUAAACCCUAAUUAUUUUAUGUCUUCGUCUCUAUAAAAGCUAUCACUCGCUGAAGCAGUAGUAGUAGCUGCUCUCUUCUCUUCUCAUAAACCCUAAUCCCCAAAUUAUCUAGCUGCUAUCACUAUGAGGCCACCAAGAGGACGUGGUGGUUCGGGGGGUUUCCGCGGUGGCGGCGGCAGGAGCGAUGGAGGCGGUCGAGGUAGGGGGCGCGGUGGUUUUGGUGGAAGAGGUGCGAGUGAUAGAGGCCGGGGACGCGGCGGCGGCGGCCGUGGCGGCCGAGGAGGACGUGGCGGUGGAAUGAAAGGAGGGAGCAAAGUCGUGGUGGAGCCACAUAGACAUGAAGGUGUGUUUAUUGCUAAGGGAAAGGAAGAUGCGCUUUGUACUAAGAAUAUGGUUCCCGGGGAGGCUGUUUACAAUGAGAAGAGAGUCUCUGUUCAGAAUGAAGAUGGAACCAAGGUUGAGUACAGGGUGUGGAAUCCAUUUAGAUCAAAGUUAGCUGCUGCUAUUCUCGGUGGUGUAGACAACAUUUGGAUUAAACCUGGUGCUAAGGUGUUAUAUCUUGGAGCUGCUUCAGGAACAACUGUGUCUCAUGUUUCCGAUCUUGUUGGACCUUCUGGAGUGGUCUAUGCAGUUGAAUUCUCUCACAGGAGUGGUAGGGACUUGGUUAACAUGGCAAAGAAGCGUACUAAUGUUAUACCUAUUAUUGAGGAUGCCAGACAUCCAGCCAAGUACAGAAUGCUUGUUGGAAUGGUUGAUGUUAUAUUUUCUGAUGUUGCUCAGCCUGAUCAGGCUAGGAUUUUGGCUUUGAAUGCAUCAUACUUUCUGAAAGCUGGAGGUCAUUUUGUAAUUUCAAUCAAGGCAAACUGUAUUGACUCGACUGUUCCAGCAGAGGCAGUGUUUGCCCAAGAAGUGAAGAAACUGCAAGCAGAUCAAUUCAAGCCUUCUGAACAGGUUACACUCGAGCCAUUUGAGAGGGACCAUGCUUGUGUUGUUGGUGCAUACCGUGCACCAAAGAAACAAAAGGCUGCUCCUUCUGCUUGAUAGUGUGUGCUUAAGGCACUUGCUGAUUGUGUAUUUUUAUUCCUAGUUAAGCUCGAGACAGUUUAGUGAUUUUGUAUGGUAGUCAUUUUAAACUUUGUUACUGUUGUAUGAUUUUAUGGAAUCAUGGUUUUUUCUAGA